CAACACACUGCCAUUCUCCCAAAGAAGCAGCUUUACAAGCAAGAGCAAAAGCACUCAUAACGUCUCUCAACCCCAUUCAUUCAAUCGCCAGCUUGAACACUCGACUCCCAAGUACAGCGGCAAGCUUGAGUCUUGCGAUCGACGUCUGAAAGCGGACAUUUCCCCGCAAAGUCAAGUCUGGUUACAACAUUUACCGUCCGCGCGACUCGAAGUCUAUCCACCAUCGAGCGCUUCCGUGCUACACACAACGCGACGCAUAUCCCUCCUAUGCGGGUUCUCGUCUACGCGUAAUACGCCCCUGCGUUCUGGUUAAUCGUUCGGUCAAUCGUUCGAUUGCAGCACUCGCUCGCACCACUCGUAUACUCGCUCUCACGCGCUCGCACCACCAUUACUACAUUACAACAUGGGCCGCUCGAUCAUCCCGCCUGCGCUCGCGGAGCUCGCACACCCCAGCACACCGGAAGCACAGGUCACCGCGCUGCGGAACCUGAAGAACGAGGUUGUUGGGCAUGAGCAGAGGAAGGAGUUGGCGGUCACACAUGGAGUGGUAAGGCCACUUGCGAGGCUGUUGAGGGUUGAGGCAAGGCGAGGGGGGAAGAGGAGGAGAGGCGGGGAUGGGGCUGGACGCGGUGCGGAGUGGUCGACUGAGGACGAGCUGAGGUUUCAGGCUACGCUCGUCGUGGGCAGUCUUGCGAAUGGUGGACCGGCGUUUGUUGCGCCGCUGCUCAAGGGUGGUGUGCUGCCGCCGUUGCUGGACGCGCUGAAUCCGGCUGAGACGCAUGAGAAGCUCGUUACGACUGCGCUGAAAACACUGAGUCAGAUUGUCGAUGCGGGCGCGCAGGAGAAGACUUGGCUGGAUGCCACGGGGGCUUCGUCGCGGUCGUCCGUGUCGGCGGCGGUUGUCGAGCAUAUCUACACGAAGCCUGUCAUCGAGAGCCUGGCGGAGAUACUGGCGCAGUUGGCAGGGACGUCGAACAGCAACCAGCAGAUCUACCAGGUAGUCGGUCUCAUAGUCAAGACAUGUCGACAGAACAAUCACAAGAAGAUGCUGGUCGAUGCUGGGAUACUGGAACUUCUGGCUGACAAGCUGGUGGGCAUCGCUGCGUUCGACGAUGCUGUUCCAAAGGCCAAGACGAAACAAUCAUAUCGCGAUCGAACACCGACUAGGUUCCUGCCUGAUGUACUGGACGCCAUAUCGGCUAUUAUAAGGGACUCGCACUUUUACACAGCGCGGUUCCUCUACUCCCAGCCAAUACAGCAGCUCUUUGGGUGGCCAAAGGAGCGCACCACAACCGCAUACGACAAUAGUGCUUCACAGUCCACAUCAUGGGACAGACUAAUACCACGCGUGCAGACCAUGACGAGUAAAUCAGAUCCAUAUACCAAAUCCUGGCCCGCUCUGGGUUCCUACACCAACGCAAGUGGAGACAGAAUCGCCUCGGACGAUCCCCUACCAAGCCUAGGCUCACUACAACAGACCCCAAAUCGCAGCGUCAUAACAGACGAGUCAGAGUCUUCGUUGUUCAUCUGGCUCGUGUAUGUGGCGCGUCGGGGCGAGGGAAGAGAGCGCCUGUCCGCCUGCUGGCUCCUCGCGCUGCUGAAGAAAUUCGGCGAGAGAUGGCCGCUCAAUGACCCUUCCAAGACGACGCGCGAGCGGCACUUUUCGUACCUGGUUGUUCCGCUCGUGGUCAAGAUGAUUGAGGAGUCUAGUCCGACGUCGGAGCAGUCGAAGAAAGCGUAUGCUCUUAGUCCGCUGGCGAGGGAAGAGACGCGGAUUGUGCUGGAGCGGUCACCGCUUGUUCUGGCGGAGCUGGUGGCGGGCAACAAGGCGCUUCAAUCCGCGGCGGUGGAUGCUAAGAUCCUCCCUACGCUCGUGCAGAUUCUGAAGAAGAGUUUCGAGGCCGUUACCACGUCGUCGAAGCCGCUGUGGCAGCCUAGGUCGUCGGCGAGUGCGUUUAGGGAUUCGAGUGUUGAUCCUGCGUCCUCGACGUUGGGCAGACCUGGGCUCAACGCAGAUACACUGCAUGCUUUUACGUACAGAGAGAAUGCUCUGCUAGCUCUAGCUGCUAUCGUCGGAGAGCAAGAUGGCCUGAGGAAGAUUGUCAUUGAAAUGGGCGCUGUUGCUCAUAUUGUUGAGUCUUUGGUCCCGUACUCUGAGGGUACUGAGAAUGCGGCCUCGACAACAAAGAAGGGCGGGAACCCCGAGACGGUGCUCAUCGCGGCUUGUAAGGCUACGCGCUCGCUGUCAAGGUCGGUCAGUGUGCUUAGAACGAGCCUUAUCGACCAUGGCAUUGCUCAGCCGAUUUUCGAUCUUUUGACGCAUCAUAGCGUCAAUGUACAGAUUGCGGCUACGGAGGUUAUUACGAAUUUGGUGCUGGAGUUGUCGCCUAUGCGUACGGAGAUCAUCGAGGCUGGAGCUUUGAAGACUCUUUGCGAGCAUUGCCGGUCCGCAAACUUUGACCUCCGAUUGAUCAGCCUGUGGGCUCUGAAGCACAUGUGUCUGGGUCUGCCGUAUGCCAUGAAGAUUAAGUGUCUGGAUGAGCUCGGCGUCGGCUGGCUUGUGCAGGUACUGAACGGUGAACCCACCAAGCCUACCAUGGCUACGCCAAAUGCCGCCGGUGAGCAAGUCGACAUCCUCAACGCCGUCGAUGAGCCACACAUGGACGUCGACGAGGAGCCCUCGUCCGACGAAGAAGACGAAGACACAAUGGCAGACAGCAUCCCAUCUAUGCGCCGACACCAACGCCCAGGAUCCCGCUACACAAGCGCGACAAACAUCCGCGACCGUCUCCAGCAAAUCCGAGACGACGAGCAGGACUCGCGCCUCAACAGCGAGCGCGAGGACAUCCGCAUCCAAGAGCACGCCCUCGACUUCCUGCGCAACUUCAUCACCGAGGAAAAAGCCUCAGGCGACAUGAUAGACCACCUGCUCAAAACCUUCGGCCACACGCGCUUCUUCGAACUCAUGGACGCCAAACUACGCCCUAAAAACACUCCCUCAUCAACAACAACAACUACAACAGCACCCUCACACCGCCUCUCCUUCCCCCCAGCCCCCACACAAUCAACCCCCUCCUCUCCACCCUCUUGGUCUGCCUACCCCGCCCCCGAACUAAUAGAAGCCGCCACCUUCGUCCUCGUCCACAUCGCCAAUGGCCGGCCCUCGCACCGCCACCUCCUCAUCUCCCAAACCCCGCUCAUGCACCACCUCCUCCCCCUCCUCACCCACCCCCGCCGCCAGGUCCGCCUCGCCUGCGCCUGGAUGCUAAACAACCUGGUCUACGUCGAGGACCACUCCGACGAGCCCGCCGCCCGCGAGCGCGCCCUCAAUCUGCGCCACCUCGGCUUCGAAGACGGCGCGCGCGUGCUGGGCCGCGAUGUCGAUCUGGAUAUUAGGGAGAGGGCCAAGACGGCUAUCGAUCAGUUUGCUAAGUUAUUGGGAGGGACGGGGGCUGGUGCGGGGGCGGGGGGGAGUAGUUUUGCGGUGGAUGGUGCGCUGGGUAGGUUGAGUGGGCUGCAUGGUGGGUGGAGACAUGAUUCUAGGUAGGUGGGUGGGUGGAUGACGGGCUUGUGUGUGUAUGAUUCUGCGACCGGGGGUUGUUCUUUUGGUGUGUAUGUGUGUGGCGUAUUGUAUCAAGUAUGAAUUGGGGGGUUUCAGGUCUGAGGGCCUUGGGGGGUUCGGAAAAGUAUUCUUUCAAUGGGGAAGUAAGCUGCAGCGAAAUCUUAGUGCACCUGGACAACUACAUGCUAGGUUUAUGUGAAAACUUGUGU